UUCCCAAAAGCCCGAAAACAAAUUCAAAUUCAAAGAAGCAAGAAAAUUACCGUUGGGCGAGGGCAGAGAUAUGCCAAUGAACAAUUUGAAGAACACCGCCGGGAAAUUAAGAUCCACAAGAAAACCACUAAGAGAUGUUUCUAAUUCUUCAAAUAAUGUAAAGCCAUUAGCAACUACUUCCUUCAAAACCAAGAAGCUCCAAAACGAACAUAAUGUUGUCGAUCGUCUUCUUCUUAUUCGCUCCGACUUCUCCUCCGUCAUUCAUCAGAUUGAUGAACUUGUUAAAGUGCUCAAACUAGGAGGCAAGAAGAGUGGAAAGGAAAUUGAAUCUUUCGCACAUGUCUUGUCUGAAAUGCAAGCUUCUUUGAAGCCAUGGGUUCCUAAAUUCCAGAAAGCCCUUUCUGACCUAUCCACGAGGCCUGACUAUCCACCUGAACAGUCUCGAAUUAGUGAGGAAGUUCCCGUGGUAGCUGAUAAUAUAAGCGAUGCUGUUGAUAGCCCUGACCAAUCCAAGUGGGAUUCACUAGUUUCCCCAUCACCCCUUGUGUCCUGGCGGGCAGGCUGUACGACCGAGAGUGGCAGACAACUUUUUCUGCUCACACCUUUGCCUCUUCGCAAAGUGCUCUCAUCCAAAUGCCAGGAAUCCUCUAAAAAGUUUGAUAAGUAUACAUCAAAUACGAAUGUCCAGCAACACCCUCUUUUUGAUAUCACGGGAAAUAUGGAAGAUGGUACUCUUGAGAAUACAAAAUCUAUGGCUAGUCAACCACUGUCCCUUUCUGAUGAUGUAAAUAAUGAAGUGAAGUCAAUUCCGAACAAAGUUUCUGAUAAUGAUAUGACCAUCAAUGAGGUCACCCGGAAAAGUGAUCUUAUUUCGCCUGUAAAACUUUCACAAAUUGACAGCUCGUCACUACUAGUAAUGACUCCAUGCUUGAAAAUGUCACCGCCGAAGACCUGUGUACUUCUUGAACCUUCAUCAGAGUACAACUGUAGGGACAAGCAUGGGGCUUAUAAAAUGACACCGUUUCCUGUUUCACGUCAUUUUUCUAGCAUGUCUGAGGAGGAUUCAGAAUCCUCCAGCUCUGAAGCUGCUGAACAUUUGUCGAUGAAGUAUCCAGAGCUAUUUGGAAUCAGAUUAAAUCAGAACUUGACAAACGGAGGGAAGGUGGUAGAUGAUGAAUCACCAGACUUGCUUUUUUCACCACCUAAGACUUGUGUUCUGAUGGAGCCACCUGUGGAAGAACCGUUGACUGCUGCAGCUGAAACUGGUGGCAAAUUAGAUAUAGUUGAAAGCACUCCCAUGAUGACAGAAUGCAAGAGCAUUCUUGUAAAGGGAAAGCAUCCUGGUGAGAACACUUUGAAGAAAGAACUAUGGAUAAAAUUUGAAGAAGCGUCGAGAGAUGGCAUCCAUUUUAAUCCUUCUACUGUCCAGAAAACUAUCCAAAAAGAUUUCCUUGAGAGAUUGGAAGAGGCUUCUGAUGAUGAAGGGGUCUAAGAUGGUUGAUAUCAUCACCCUCUGAUGCCGGAGUAUGCAGGGAAGAGGGAGGCUAUCUUAUUCAGAGAAAAAAAAAAGGAAUUAUGUAUCUUAGGUAAAUUUGAAACUUGUAUCAACUUCCCCUAUACCGCCACCACCCCUUCUUCACUCCUCUUUUGUGAAGUAAAGAUGAACAUAGCAAAAGGGCUUCAAAUGUAGUCCAAGUGCAAAUUUUUGUAAUUUCUGAAUGAAGAAUUUGAAGUUCUCUAGUAGGCGUUAGAACAAUAUUUGAGUUGAAGUAGAAAAAAAGAUAAACCCCUUCGGCCUUCGCCAUUUCCUGUUCUGCAGUAUCCCCUAAAACUUUAUGCACAUAUUUGACCUUCUUGGCUCCAAUGCUACAGAAAAAAAGGAAAAAAAGAAGAUGAUGAGAUGAUUUUAUUUCUCU